CUCUUUAUAAAUUUUGUUUUUUCGGCUGAUUCUCACAAUUCUCAACUGUCUCUCCGUGUUCAUCUCGCGUUUUUAAGCAGAGAAAAUCAGCGAAUCCCAAAGGUUUUUCUUUUUCUUUAUUAUUAUUAUUUAAAAAAACCAAAAUUUUCCUUCAUUUAUAUCGAAGCCGAAGAGAAUUCUUAAUUCAACCCUUUUCCUCUCAUUCCUUUUCUUUGUCUUCUUUUCUUUCUCGAUCUUGAUUGUGGAUCGCGAGUCUUUGAUAUCUUGAAGAAUCGAUUAAGCGUCAGCGGCGUUUGCUGUUGUGGUGGAUUUGAAGUUGGUUAUUGGACGAAAGAAAGAGAAACAUAAAUAAAUUUCACUAACUUUUAUUAUUAUUUAUUUUUUAAGAGGUUAAGGUUUUGGUAAAAGGGGAUUUUGCUGAAGAUUGAGCGGUUUUUAAUUUUAAUGAUGUUGACCUUAACUGAUGGGUUUUGAAGUACUAUGGAACUGGUUGUUACACGACAACAAGAUGACGCUUUACAUUGGUCGCGAAGCUUCAAAGUUAUGGAAGAGAAUUUCUGCAGAGACAACUACAGAGAUCAACCUUCUUCUAGACAAUUGGAAAUACCUUCUUGCCGGUCUCAUUUUUCAGUACAUACAUGGUCUAGCUGCCCGAGGAGUUCAUUAUCUCCACCGGCCUGGGCCAACACUUAAGGAUCUUGGGUUCUUUCUUCUUCCAGAGCUCGGGCAAGAUAAAGCCUACAUCAGUGAGACGGUGUUCACCUUUAUCUUUCUGUCAUUUUUCUUGUGGACUUUCCAUCCUUUCAUCUUCAAGAGCAAAAAGAUCUACACGGUUCUAGUUUGGUGCAGGGUGCUAGCAUUUUUAGUUGCUUCUCAGACUCUCCGAAUCAUCACAUUCUAUUCUACUCAGCUUCCUGGUCCAAAUUAUCAUUGCCGAGAGGGUUCGAAGCUUGCCAGGUUGCCAAAACCGGAUAGUGUGCUAGAAGUCCUCUUAAUUAAUUUUCCUCGAGGUGUAAUUUAUGGUUGUGGUGACUUGAUUUUUUCAUCGCACAUGAUCUUCACCCUGGUCUUUGUGCUAACCUAUCAGAAAUAUGGCACACAAAGGUGUAUAAAGCAGUUUGCUUGGUUGGUAGCUAUUAUUCAAAGUCUCUUGAUUGUAGCAUCCCGCAAACAUUACACGGUUGACGUAGUUGUUGCAUGGUACACCGUUAAUUUAGUGGUAUUCUUCUUAGACAAGAAACUGCCAGAAUUGCCUGACAGAACCAGUGGAAGUUCACUUCUUUUGCUGCCAUUGAGCACCAAAGAUAAGGAUAGUAGGAGCAAAGAAGAGAAUCAGAAGCUCUUGAAUGGGAAUUCUGUAGAUCCUGCAGAUUGGAGGCCGAGAACUCAAAUUAAUGGCAAGAUUCUGGAAGAUGCCAAUGAAAACCAUGUUAAUACUGCAAUGAAUGGUGCGUAGAUGAUCGAAGCUGUAGCUGUCAUUGUAAUAGGGCUGUUUGAAACCUCAUGAUCUUGGAAUAGAGGCUUAGCUUCUUCCAAGACUGGUAAAUUUGAUUUGUAUUCUUAAGAAAACAGAACUUGAGUAGUGCACUUGUACGUUGUGCAUUCCUCUCCCGUGUCUUGGUUAUAACCAUCAGCCAUCAUCAGCAUCAACAUGUAUCAUGGAAUUUUCGAAGUUCCUGUUGCUGCUGUCAUUCUCCUUCUCAUGAUGAUAGUGCACUCAUUUAUGUCGAAUGGUGAAAUAUUGAUUUUGUCUCUCAAUGCCGAAGGCCAUUGAGAUAAAACUACUUUUGAGAGACUAUUAAAUCUUUAUAGUUCAUAUCAA